UUGUCGUUUUAAGAAACUAUCUACCAACUUAUACGGCUAGAGUAGUUGACAAACCCAGGGGGUUAUUUUCAUGCUGUUAAACUGUGAAUUUUCUCUGUUUUCUUCCAACAGACGGUGGUAUACUGCGCGCAGCCAUCCCGGACGAAAUUCUGUUGCCAUCCAACACCCUACCUGGGCACCACUUUGCUGUGUCUACCAUUGCUUUGCAACCGCAACCUUUGUAUAUGUCUUUGUUUUGUCGCAACGAGUUGUUGCUGAGGCCCUGGGCUAAUCUCAGUGACCCUACAGGACUCUCCUACAGUUGUCAACCAAUCAGGUGGGUCCAUCACAAGCACCCACGGGUUCCGCGGCCAAUAAGGUUUAUGCCUUGGACCAAGAACGAGCGCUUGAUAUGCAGUAGAAAGAGUCAUCUUAAGUGUGUUCGGUAUAAGAAUAAACACAACAGAAAUCAGCAGCCAUGGCACUCAAUGUCAACAGAGAAGUGCAAGACCAGUUCUAUCGCUACAAGAUGCCCCGCAUCAUAGCUAAGGUGGAAGGAAAAGGAAAUGGCAUCAAGACGGUGAUCCCCAACAUGACCGAAGUUGCCAAGGCACUUAGCCGCCCAGCCACAUACACAACUAAGUUCUUCGGCUGUGAGCUUGGUGCGCAGACCCAAUUGGAUGUGAAGAAUGAUCGCUACAUCGUGAACGGUGCCCAUGAUGCUGCUAAGCUGCAAGACUUGCUCGACAUCUUCAUCAAAAAGUUCGUCCUCUGCCAAGAGUGCGACAACCCAGAAACUAAUCUGAAAGUCUUUGUCAAGAAAGGAGUGAUUGCCCAGCACUGUAUUGCCUGUGGCCACUCAGGCAUGCUUGACAUGACCCACAAGCUCACCACGUACAUUCUCAAGUACCCACCAGAUCAGACCAAAGCCAAGGAUACCCCCAGUAAGACGGACUCCAAGCGCAAGCGUGACAAGAAGGGGAAGCAGCAGCAGGAGAAUGGGACUGACGGUGGGUCGCCCACCUCACACAGCCCCCCUCCAGAUAAGGAGGACGACGACUGGGGCGAUGAUGGUGACUGGUCCGUGGAUACGAGUGCCGAGGCGGUGGCUGCUCGUAUGGAGCAGCUCCUGACCGACGGCGCCAAGGCCAUAACUCUGAACGACGACUUGGUCAAGACUGUUGAGGAACGUCUCAACCUCUUCUUUGAGUUUGUCAAGGCCAAGCGUGACGCAGGUCAGAUUGAGGGGAAUGACAAGGAGAUCUUCGCCGAGGCCGAGCGCCUCGAGGUCCAUGAGAAGGGCAUCCUUGUGCUGUGUGAGCUACUGCUGGAUGACAAGAUGGUCACCCAGCUCAAGAAGUACCGCAAAAUUUUCCUCCGGUUCUGCUACGAGAGCCCCAAAACCCAGAAGAACCUGCUGGGAGGGUUUGAGCAGCUGGUGAACCUUCACAAGGACGUCCUGCUGCCCAAGGUGGCCGUGCUGCUGAAGAUCAUGUACGACCUGGACCUGGUGGAUGAGGAGGUCAUCCUGCAGUGGGGAGACAAGGUUUCUAAGAAGUACGUGUCCAAGGAGCUGUCCCAGCAGAUCCACGACAAGGCCGCUCCCUUCAUCACCUGGCUGAAGGAGGCUGAGGAGGAGACCAGUGAGGAUGAGGACGAGGUGGAGGUUGUAUAUGACAACAAAGCCACCGAGCUGAAAACUGAAAAGGUGCCCACCAACAACCAGGAGGAAGAGGAUGACCUGGACAUUGAUGCCAUCUAGAGACAUCACACAAAACUGCAUUCUCAUACUACUGUUUCAACAGAUAAACUGGCUGUAGUCUGAACAGUUUAGUAACAUAAUACAUUCAAUAUUACAGCCAUGGCUUAGACAUUAUGAAAUAUAUAUAGACUUAACAGCGGUCUUGAAGUUACAGUUGUUGGAUGUAAGUUCUGCUUAUACUGACUGGAAAAACUACACAUCCUAACAACAAGGCCAAGAUUACCAUUAAUGACAAUGGCCAGAAAAGCAUUUGGUGUAAUAAUGUUUAUCACAAAUAAAGUUCAUACUUGUUGUUAUACCACAGAAGUUGGUGGCAUUUAAGUUUGUAAAACUUCUGCUCAAAGUUAUCAAUGGUGAUACUGAAGCUUUUUUGGACAAAACUGCUGUUGGAGAAAAUACAAAUGCUGAGAUGUCCACAGCUGAAGGUUUAGAACUGACCAGUGGCUUACGUUGAAAUUGUACAUGCAAUGCAGCAUGGAUGUUAAAUACACCUUCCUAUGGGCAUUCCUAAACAAUCGGCAACUUCAAUUGCUUUUGCUGUAUAUCUUGAGAACAAAUAGAGUACAAGUAGUUCUUGCAACUGCUCAAUGUGAAGUGAGGCUGGCAUGUUAUGUGCUGUACAGCACCCACAUGCUGUAUACACAAGUUACAUGCUCGAAAAAUUAUCUACAAGAACUUAUGAACAGAAAACAUUACAUUUAAGUGCAAGCACAGUUGCCUCCACCUGAACCAUAUACUAUGACAGAAGAAUCCUGGAGUUUCAAGUUACUUACAAGAAAAAAUAUUGGUUAGCAACUUGCAUUACUGAUGAGAAGAUUAAGCAUUCCUCCGAGCUUAUCCUUCCACUUGAGUAAGAAGGCACCAUGUAGCUCAACAUUUAUCAAGAUGUGAAUCUGUAUAUUGCAAAUUUUAGUAGUUAAGUGAUGUUCAAUGUAGUGGAAAGUGUCUGUCCUAGAGAAAAUAUUGUUGGAGUGCUGUUAAGUUUGGUUUACCUUAGUUAUGAGUAAGUGGACAUGAAUAAGUGGAAAUAAAUAAUGCUGUGCUAUCAAA